UCUCAUGACGUCCAGUUCACUUGAUGUGAUCUCAUGUGUGAUAUCACAAGUGAGGUUUCAUGUCCACAGGUAUCUACAUAUUCACUUGAGGCACUGCUGGCAGCUGACACCUGAUUACUUGCCAAACACCACUCCCGCUCACCAUGAGCAGUCUUUGGAUUGUACAACGACUCCUUGAGCAGCAACCAGCAGUGCCAACGGCACCCCAAGCAAUGGAGUCCGCAACUCUCCGGCGUUCCCGACGCUUGCAUAUCUACGACUCCAAUGGCCGCGAUUUCCUAGCAGACAGCAUGGGCUGGAGUCGCUCAGAGCUCGAACAGUGGCUCACCUCGCCCGACGUUCGACCUCACCUCCAGCUGUGGUAUAAGCUUUGCGUUGCUACACCGGCACAUUUCAACGAGAGUAUCGAAUGGAUCAAUACCGGGGAGAACGGAUACUACUACCGCAAAGACGACGGCCUCGAAGACGACUUACUCUUAAUGUGCAUGGACGAAGGCCUUGGCGACAAAGCAGCAGAGCCCCAGCGCCGCUCACCAGAAAACGCCGGUGGAUCCACGUACGCAGACGAGCACGCCGAUACCCGCGAAUGGAUCACGCAGGAGCUGUGGGCGAGGACGGCGUGGAGGAUUGUGGCGGCGAAUCGGGGCCCGGGCGAGGCGUUCGAGGUGCCUGCGCGGCGACAUUCGGCGGCUUGUUUUGGGUUCGCGAUUGAUUUGCUGUGUGUUGCUUUUCAUUCGCUGGCUUUUCGGGGGACGGAUUCGGUGUAUGAGGGGUUGAUCUGUGGGGGUCGUCUCGGGGGCUGGGGUUCAAGGCGUGUUGAUUUGCCGAAGGAGAGCAAGGAUGAGGUGGUCGACGAACAGGCUGAGAACGGAAUAGUGGAGGAGGAGUCGGAAACGGAGACGGAGAUGUCGGAGGGCAGCACCGCUGGAGAAGACACGGAGAACGGCAUAUUGACCUCGCCGGCAACUAGUCUGGAUGAGGCGGACAUCGGCGAAGAGAUUGUCGUGAAGAUGCGGCUGCCCUAGUCUGUGGCACGGAGACGCCGAUGAAGGAGCGAGUCUGAUCAUCGGGAUCGUAGAGGCUCCUCCCUUGCAACAAGGAAUAGCUUCGCCAGUGACAAAGAGGUGUUCAUUUUGGGAAAUCCCGCGCGGCCUUUCUGCCUAUAAGGUCAGCCUCUCAACCAAUGACAAGACCGGACGAGAUGACUCUAACGAAGCCCUAAAAGCAAAGGCAGGACUAGAGCGGUCUACUCAACGUACCC